AUGGGCAGCAUUGAGGACAGCAUCCACCAUGUCGACGUUCUCAUCGUAGGCGGCGGGCCUGUAGGCCUCAUCACCGCGUACCAGCUGGCCCGCACACUCCCGUCCAUCAUGAUCAUCGAGAAGCACGCCAAGUCGGCCCAAGACCAGUACGGCAGGGCCAUCACGCUUUUCCCGCGCACUUCGGAGAUGCUGGACCAGUUGGGACUUGCUGACAAGCUCGCCCAGCACUGCUUCGCCUGUCGCGAGACCGUAUCGUACGACGCCCUGGGCAACGAAGUUCACGCCCGCGGCUGGGCCUUCAUGGAGCAGAUGAAGGACACGGCCUGGGACUUCGCCCUGGUGCUGCGCCAGAAGUACCAAGAGGAAAUCUUCCGCCGGGCCCUGCGCGAGCUGGGCGUCGAGCUGCACGCCCCAGCCACGCUGGUCGGGCUGCACAUCGACGAGUCCAUCCCACCCGGCGGCUAUCGCGUCUCUGCCACGGUGGAACACGUCGGUGUGGUCAAAUGCAAGUACCUCAUCGGCGCAGACGGAGGGCGUUCGACGGUGCGGCGCCUCCUCGACAUCCCGUUCGACGGCAGCUCCACCGACGACCGCUGGGUCCGCAUCGACGGCCACGUCUCGACCAACCUCCCCAAGCCGCGCUCCUACUGCGCCAUCGAGAGCCCCACCCACGGGAACGUCCUCUGGGCCGCCCUCGACCACGGCGCCACCCGCAUCGGCUAUGCCUUCACCCUGGAGCGUGAGAAACGGUACCCCGUCUUCGACCAGGCCGCCGCCAUCGCAGAGGCCGUUGCCGCCGUCAAGCCGUUUGACCUGUCCUUCACAACCGUCGACUGGUGGACCAUAUACGCCGUCGGCCAGCGCGUCGCCCGCCGCUUCUUCACGAACGAGUGUGUAUUUCUCGCCGGGGACAGCUGCCACACCCACAGCUCGGGCGCCGCCCAAGGCAUGAACACGGGCAUCCACGACGCCGUCAACCUCGCUUGGAAGCUGUCUCUCGUGCUGCGCGGGCUGGCGCACCCGAAGCUGCUGCGCACGUACGAGGCGGAGCGCCGCCCGAACGUCGAGAAGCUCAUCGCCUACGACCGCGACAUCGCCCGCCUCAUGACCAUGCAGCUGCCCGAUGGCUGGACGGGCGAUCCCGCCGCCGACCCCAAUAUCGUCCUCGGCCAAGUCAUGGCGGACGCCGCCUCAUUCAGCUCCGGCCUAGGCAUCUCCUACGAGCCGGACGGCCUACUAAACGUCGUGAGCCCGCAGCACCCUCCAUCACCAGCACCCACCACCACCCCAGGCCACCCGCACCCCGGCCACCGCGCCCCCGACGUCCCCCUCCGCAAACCCGGCACCCUCGAACCCACCCGCCUCCACCGCGAAACCCCCAACGCCGCCACAUUCUACGUCCUCAUCUUCGUCGGCGACUCAACCGCCACCUGCACAACGACAACAACAACAACAACAACACCACCACCACCACCCUCUCCGUCUCCUUACCACGCCUUCUGCACCGCCCUCGAUCGCUCUCCCCUCUUCUUCCCCCCACACCCAACCAACCAGAGUGGCAGCAACGCCACCGCCCCACCAACAUCCUUCCUCACCAUCCUCCCACGCGCCGGCCCCUCGCCGUGGGAGCUGCUGGGCGGCCGCGGUCCGCCUGGCGAUCAGAUCCUUGGGGUCAGCAGCAGCAGCAGCAGCAGCAAGGUGUUGUUCGAUUCUGCGGACAUGGCGGCGCAUAAGCGGUACGUCGACGGUGGCGGCACUAGUGGUGGCGCCGUGUACGUGCUCAGGCCGGAUGGGUGGGUGGGGACGGUGGUGGGGCUGGGUGCGGAGGGGGUGGCGGUGUUGGAGGGGUAUUUUGGGGGGUUGGCUCAUGGCUGA